AUGUCGGUCCUCGACAGCGACACUGAACAGACACCCGAAGAGCUGCAAAGAUAUAAAGCAGCACUGGAGGCCGCCAAGCACCAGGACUCUUACCUCCUUGACAUUCGAGGCCUCAUGAGGCACCUCGGAAAAAACGUCGAAGGCUACGGGGUUUUGCUGUUCGUGCCUUGUUUGAUAUCGAGCGCAGGAGUCACCUACGACCAGGCCCUGAACUACUGUCUUAAAAAGCUCUCAGUCCACGCCAAGUCUGACUAUGUUUUAAUUUUCGCGGAGUCCAUGGUUUCCUGGGCGGGAGGCGAAACCCUCAAGUUCGUCCGAGACUAUUGGCAACUGAAGGCACUACUAUGUAAGCAGCAGCAGCAGCAGCAGCAGCAACAGCAGCAGCAGCAGCAGCAGCGGGAGCAGCAGCAGAAGCAGCAGGAGCAGCGGGAGCAGCAGCAGCAGUAG